UCGAACAGUUGAAGAUCAAAGGAGGAAGUAGCAGCGCUGCGCGCACCCGACGCCACAAGUCUUCAAGUCGCAUGAUGAGUGUUCAACUAAGUUAACUUAAGCGACGAGUGAUAAUAGUCGACAGAAAAAAAUCAAGUCAAGAUAUCAAGGCAGAAUGUUUCGAUAAUUUCACGACAGGGUCUCUUCUUUAGGGUGGAGGCCUUUGGAUUUAAUCACAUUAGAUCCAACAUCAUACUGAAAACAGACCAUUAUGACCCAAAAUAAAUAUGGAGAUAAACGGAGGCUUUCUAAAUGGACGGACUAUGGGAGUAUUAAUGGGGAAGGACAGUCGGAUCCAUGCCCUACCUGCCAGGGUACCGGACGUAUACCGCGAGGUCAGGAGAACCAACUCGUGGCUGUCAUUCCUUGCAGUGAUCAAAGACUAAAACCUCACCACACGAAACUGUACGUGUGCAUAUCCGUUGGGCUUUGCCUUCUGAUCUGUGCUCUGAUCCUGUUUUUCCUUUUUCCACGGAGCAUUGACAUGUCACCCGUGGAACUACAGUCAUCUAUGGUCUAUUUCACUCCAGAUAAAGUAAAAAUGGUGGUCACUAACAAACUCAACAUCACCAAUCAUAACUUUGUUAGUAUUCUGGCUAAAGAUCUUAAUGUGCAGGCACUGAUUUUAGAAACGGUGGUUGGCAAGACCAAGUUCCUCAAUGUGACCAUACUCCCUCCUCGAUCACAGAAGACGAUCACAGUUGUUUCGGACAUUGCUAUUGAAGACAAAGGCCUUAAUAAUUACUGCAAAUCAGCCACCAUUCAGAUUCACACCUUAUUCUUGCAUUUGCAAAUGACUAUCAACGUCUCCUACUUGUCCCAUUCAGAACAGAUGUCUACAGAUGCCUAUGAAUAUAUUGACUGUGGAGUGAAUUCUACUAUCCCUCAUAAAGUCCCUUUGCUUUGAGACAAUUGCCAAAGUUUGUCCUUAAAUGCCGAUGCCAUAAAAUCCUAACAAUAUUUAGUCCGCUUUAAAAAUGCUUGUCAUUUUGUUCCAUAAUAUCAGCAUUCUUGCAUUUAAACUGUUGACUAUAUCGAUUGUAACAUAUCAGAUCAUACUAUUUAAAUGUGACUGGAAUUGUUUUUGUAAAUAAUAUAAUAUAAACUUGUUUUUAAAAAUUGCACAUUAUUGAACAUUAAAAUUUCUAUUUAA